AUGUGUUCUUUCCUCGUCCUCGUCUGGUGGACGAUCUGUGCUCUGAACCCAUCUGCUUGGAACCCCGUGACGAUUGCGCUUGCGCUUACUCUCUUCAUCUCCUGUAGCCCUCACAAGUUCUUGUGCUACCUCUUUACCUUCAUAUUUCUCUAUGUCCCGCUCGUCGUGACCCCGGCGGAGGUCAAGCAAUUUAUUUCCAAGAUGGAGUCCAGAGCGACGGAAUUGGUGGUGGCCUUGAAGAAUUCCAAUCUGUCAGUGGACACCAAGGUUGGCCAUCUUUUAGGCAUCAAAUCCGACAUCAAGCAGAAAAAUGUCCCCGAAGGGGCGGUACCGCCAAUCUUCGAGUCUGUACGCCUGGCAAUUUCGUCUCAACAUUCAUCUCUAUCUGGAGCCGGGUUUUCCACACUCGGCCAUCUCUUGAAGCGGCUGUUCAUCCAAGAACAACAUCAUUUGAUCUCAGUUCAAGGCCGCAUUCUUUAUCCGUUGCUUGUAGAGCGUCUCGGAGACCACAGAGAACGUAUUCGCGCUCAAGCUGCCCAGGCAUUCACCGAUCUGUGGUUGGCAGCCAGUGAAGAGGUUGAGCAAUAUGUCCUCGAACAGGCACUCACUAGUAAAAACCCAAGAGCUAAAGAAAUGAGUAUGAUCUGGCUUUCGAACAUGACUAAAAAUUACGGUCUCUUGUUCCGCUCAUAUGUGCCGAGCCUUGUGGCGUGUCUGGAAGAUGCGGACAGCGCUGUAAGAAACACGGCCAAAUCCACUGUUAUUGAACUAUUUGAAAACGCUCCUGAACGUGCCAAGUCUGAUUUGAGGAGACAGAUGGCUGCACAUAAUGUGAGAAAGUCAUUUGUGAACGCGAUCCUCGCGGGUAUCGGGCUCGGUUCUACCGAUUCGGAUUUCACAUCCCGACCUGCUUCUCGGGCAGAUGGUCUGGUCCAUCGUCCUAUGUCUCGUGCGGAAAUACAGCCCUCUAGAUCAAUGUCGCGCCUCGCCGGUGCGCCUCUUCGACCCGUUUCCCGAGCGGAACAUGCACACUCUUCCGUGUCACAAGAAUCUGUUCCCUCUCGGCCUGCGUCCGUUCUAUCUUCCCACUCCGAGAGUUACAGAGAAUUCAGCAGAGAAACCGCUGAACCAGAACGACCCAAAAGCCGUCUGGCUCCUGCAAGAGCGGAGUCGGAACGGACUCAUGCUUCGCAUCCGGUCGCUGUUAAUGUUGCGCCUCUGCCUCAACCAUCCCGACCUUCCUCUCAGGAGGGUGAAAAGGUCGAUCCCCUCUUCAUGUCCUCCGCUCGGCAAGUGGACGAGUUGGUGCGCGAUUUACUUCCCCAUUUUGAGGGCCGGGAGUCCGAAGACAACUGGCUCCGCCGGGAGAAGGGUGUCCUCACUUUGAGGCGCCUCACCCACGGAAAUGCACCAGACGACUUCGCGUCAGCAUACUUCACCGGCAUGAAGAGUCUGUUGGAUGGGAUUUUCAAAGUCGUCAACUCUCUCCGCACUACCAUGUCAACCAAUGGUUGUCUCUUGAUCCAGGACUUCGCCAGGCGGUGUGGUCCAAGAAUUGAUCCCAUGGUCGAAAUCAUGAUGCAGAAUUUGAUCAAGCUUUGUGGUGGCAUGAAGAAAAUCAGCGCCCAGAACGGCAAUGCUACUGUCGAUGCCGUGAUCGAAAAUGCCACUUUCACCACACGGAUCUUGCAGCACGUCUCAAGCGCCUGCCAAGACAAGAAUGUUCAACUGCGUCUCUAUGCAGCUGGAUGGCUGAAGACAUUGAUACAAAAGCAAAGCCGCCAUAAGAGUUCCAUCGAACAUGGUGGGGGUUUGGACAUGAUUGAUAAGUCCCUCAAGAAGUGCCUCGCCGAUGCCAAUCCAGGUGUGAGAGAGGCAAUGCGCGGUACCUUCUGGAUGUUCUAUCGUGUAUGGCCUGACAGAGCCAAUGAUAUCCUGUCGAAUCUGGACAACAAGUCUCGUUCACUGCUGGAAAAAGACCCGGCCAAUCCGAACGUGGACCGCACAGCCCUGAAGACCACGGCUCCUUUGCGUAAGGGUGCUGCAAGUGGUUCGUCCACCAUAGCUGGUCGUUCCGCCCUCAAAGAAGCAAUUGCGGCCCAAAAAAAGGCCAGACUUGCGCCAGCCAAAGCGACACCCCCUCCCCGGCCCGAAUCUGCACAAUCUGCAUUGCCCGAGAAGCAUUCCUCGUCCCACACCCUUUCUAAACCAUCUGUUCGGACAGUCCCCACAGGCGCCGCUCUCUCAUCUCUCUCAUCUGCUCCUAUGCGGCCAGCAGCUAAGCCUCGCAGACCUGAAUUGAAUCGUCCCGCAACGGCGGAUCCGUAUGCUGGGCGUCGGACUGCCGCAACCGACUCCAGCCUCCGUCAGAGCAAUCGCAUUGACGGCUCUCCGAGUGCUCCCAAAUCGAAAACAUCUACACCAUCAUCAAAACCAGUCAGUAGCACCGGAUCCUCCCGCAACAGAGCCGACCCUGCCGGCACCACCAGAGAUCGACCCAAGCGCCUUAUUCUUCCGAAGACUAGAGCUCCUGAUUCACAUUCAAAACAGCCACUGAAGCCCACCAAAACUCACUCGAGAAACAACUCGGACGAAAUUAUGCCCGUGCAUUCCCCACGUAGCGAGUUCUCUGCUGCCAUCGGCAGCCCCCGUUCUCCAAUAUUUGCCCAAUUGGGUAGUCCGCUGGCGCCACCUGCACACCUCAUCCAAGAACAAGGCUACGUUGAUGACGUUGUUGACCCGACUCCUCAAUCGGUGCCCACUACAGAACAGCUCCUUCAGACACCUUCUCAUGACCCUGCUGCAGGGCCUUCUGGAUCUGUUCAGCGUCGACGGGAAUCCCGGGAAUAUGCAGCUAAAUCAGAACCCGUCGCCAUUUAUGAAGACGCAACCCCCAGCAAAUCAGACCACGAAGAGAGAGGUAGCUCUUCGGCCAUUGUACUAAUUGAGAACCAACCCCCCAACCCAAGCCCCAAGCCUUCCAAGGCAGAUACUAACUCGCCCAUUGUUGUGAACAAUCGGGUAAGCACUCAGGAUGAUCUUGUCCCGCAUCUAACCGGUGGUUCGGGGUUUCUGACUGAAGCAGGGCCUGCCGUCGUUGAAGCAUCGGAACUGCCGCAUUCCGUCGCUGAAACGAGCAAGGGUCCUUUCACGCACGCUUCCUUGUCAGUAAACCAGCAGCCAGACCCAGUUACGGAUUCUUCGGAAUCACUCGAGCCAUCAUCAUCUUCCUCUCUUCCGACUGGGUCCCCUAUGGCGAAUAACAAUGAAAACAACGCUUUCUUUGGCACCAAGCCCCCCAACAUAUCCUUAGUCAAUCGAUCACCACCUAAGCACAAUGUUUUAGAAGAACUUCCCUCCAACGAACCUGGACAUCGCGAUAACAAGCUUCGUCAACCUGCUCCGGGGAAAACCGGUGAUGAGGCUACAACACCUGCUGAAGAUCCUUCUCGCCGCCGCUGGAAGAAGGUUGAGACGGCGGAGCGGCGAAGAAGCAUUAGCCCACGGUCGAAGGACCCCAUCAAGGCCCGAGAGAUGCUUGACAAAGGCAUCCAACGGAUCCGCGCGAAAACCAUGGAUAUUCUUGGAUACCGUAAGCUUCAAGGACUUAUCAGAUACCAUGACUCUAUCUUUACGGACGAGGAUAAAUAUGACGAGAUGUUACUGGCCUUGUUCGACGAGUUGGAAAGCCCACCCGACGACAAGAAGCAGCCCCUUGGUCGACCCUUGGACUUGAAAACUCAAGUCCUUCUGACCAUUCGAUUCAUGUUUAUUCAUAACAAGCUUUAUUUCUCGGCUUAUUAUCCCAAGGCGCUGAGUGCCUUAGUUAUGGCUCGAAAAUAUUAUGAUGGAAGUUGUCACAUUGUUAGCGGGCUGGAGGAAACUGCAGAUGAUAUCAUUACUGUUUGUGAACCUUCUGAUGUGAUUGAUCCUGUGCUGGAUGUUAUUAUUACGGAGGAGAAGGAUGAGAAGGGCUAUCGGGCCAUCCUCAUGGGUGUCAGUGUGUUGACUCGCAUUAUCGGUCGCCUGAAUUCCCGCAAGGAUGGCACACUCGAACACCCCCUGGAGCGACUCGGAGAGUUUGCUGCGAAUCAGUUGACUGAUCGUCAACCCGAUGUGCGGAGAUUGACCGUGCAGCUAUGUGUACAGUUGCACAAGAUGGUCGCUGACGACGAGGACUUUUGGCGGAUAUUAGGGAACCCUCGGGAGAACUCCCGAAACCUGUUGACUUAUUAUAUCUUUAAGAAGUGA